UUAAAUAAUUUUUUUCAUUAGAGAAAUUUCAUUUUAUAAUUUGUACAUUUUUGUAGUUUUUUUUUUUAUUUAUUUAUUUUUUUUCUUUUUUUUUUAAUAUAGUAAAAAAAUAUAAAAAUAUUCAAAUAUUAAUACAAGAAAAGAAAAUAAUAGUUAUAAUAAACAAAAAUAAUGACAGAUAUAAUUGGAGAUCCAGAUUUUAAUUCAUUUUUAAUUAAAACCUUAGAUCCAAUUUGCGAAUUCGAUGCACAGACUCUAUCUGACUAUAUAAAGGAGCUAUUGUCAAAUGGGUAUCAAACAAAAAAGGAGUUAGAAGAAGCAUUAUCGAAAGACUUGGAAGAUUUUUUACACGAAAAUACCAAAUCCUUUUUAGUAACUUUAUCACAUAAACUGGAAUAUAACAACUAUUUCGGUGAUAGAGGUUCAAAUAAUAGAAAUAGUAGAGAAAGUAGAGAACGUGAACGUGAUAGAGAUUGGGACAAUUCAAGAGAAAGAGAAAUAGAAAGAGAAAGAGGUAACAAUUUCUCUCAUAACAAAAGUAGUGAUAGAGAAAGAGAAAGAGAUAGGGAUAGAGACUCACAUUACAGCAGAGAUUCACAUCGUAGUAGCGACAGAGAAAGAGAAAGAGAACGUGGCGAUUCAAAUAAAUACAGAGAAAGAGAAAGAGACCGCGAAAGAGAUCGUGAAAGAUCAAUUUCACCAAAUAAUAACAGCUAUGUUAAAAAAAGAUCAAGAUCACCUUCACCAAAUAAUAGUAGUAAUAAUAAUAACUUUAAUUAUAAUAUAAGCAACUAUCAGGAAACAUAUGACAACAACAAUAAUAUAUAUAAAAGCGGUAAUGGAAGAAAUUUUAAAAAAAGAUCGACAACAACAGGUUUACCAGAAGAAUUUACAAACAAUAAUUAUCAGCCAGGUAUACCAAAUAGUACAAUAACAAGUAAAAAGUUUAAUAAGAGAUGUAAAUUUAUAGAGAAAGGCGCUAUUUGUCCACGUGGUAAUACUUGUAAUUUUUCACACGAUUUAAAUUUUGUAAAUGAUAACAAUAAUAGCAACAACCACCUUAAUAAUAAUAAUGUUUAUAAUCCAAAUGAUAUGGGAAACGAUUUUAAUGAUAUUAAUCAAUUUAAUCCACAGUUUAAUGACAAUAACAUUAAUCAGUUUAAUCCUCAAUUUAAUAAUAAUAAUAAUAAUAAUAACAAUAAUAAUAUGAUGUUCCAACAACCAAAUUUUAAUCAACAACAAAUAAUGGACCAAAUGUUUAUGGAUCAAAUGAAUAAUAACAAUAAUAAUAAUAAUUUUAUACCAAAUAAUAAUUUUAAUCAAAAUAUAGAUUUUAAUAAUUUAAAUAAUAAUUUUGAUAAUAAUAGUAUUAAUGAGGAUUAUAAUAAUAUUGAUAAUGAUAAUAAUGAUGAAGAUAAUGAAGAUGAUAAUAAUGACGAUAAUAAUAAUAAUAAUAAAAAAAAUAAAUUUCAAAAAAUUAAAAAAAAUAAUGAAAUAAAUAUCAAGACCUCAACCAAUUGUCCAAAUCCAGAAGCUAAAAAAUUAGUUAUUACAAACAUACCGAUUCAAUCGAAUAAUGAAAAAGAAAUUCAAGACCAUUUUUCAAAAUUUGGAACCAUCGUGUCAAUUACCAAAUUAUCAACAGCAAAGUCUAUGGUAGAGUUUAGUAGUAAUGUGGAGGCUGUCAAAGCUAUGAAAUCUCCUGAAGCAAUUAUGAACAAUAGAUUUAUUAAAUUAUUUUGGGAAGAUAAUUUCGAUGGAAAGAAAACUAAAUUUGAAGAGCAACAAGAAAAGCAAGAGUUAAUCUUAAAAAAGAAAGAGGAAAAAGAGAAAAGAGAUGCCCAACUAAUGAAGUUACGUGAACAAAUGUUACAAAAGAAACUCGAGGAAAGAAAGAAACAAAUGGAACAACAGACCGAGAAAAAGAAAGAAUUGGUUCAAAUAGUUAAAAGCAGAGAGGAGUUAAGAAAUCAACAAUUAGAGUUACAAAAACAAUUAUUAUCAAAGCUAAUUGCCUGUAAGGAUGAAAAAGAAAAAGAAGCAAUUAAAGAAUCUAUAAAGCAAUUAACAAAAUCUAUCACAGAAUCGCUUCAAAAGGAUCAACAAACCACAACUCAGUUAACUCAAGAUAUUAAACUAUCCUCACCAAUAGUAUCUUCUUCAUCGCCACCAUCAUCAACUGUAAUAAAUAAAUCAAAUACCACACCCUCCCCACCAUCAUCAGUUGCAGCCACAGCAACCAACAAUUUAGAAUUUUUAUCAAAUAAACUCAAAUCUUUAGAAUCUGAAGCAAAAAGUUUAGGUAUUGAUUCUUCACAAAUUGAUAAACCAAUUGCAACAGCAAUAGCAGCAGCAUCAAACAUUUCAUCUCCAAUUAAACCAAAGGUUGUUUCAAACACUCCUGCUGCCAUUUAUAAAAAACCACUUUUCCAACAAACCACCAUUAAACCAAAACACAGUUCAUUAGUUAUCGAUAAUAGAACUACAACUAUCCAAAUUGUCGACCCACCAAUUGAAUUUAAAAACGAAAAUUUAUUAAAACAAUUAUUUACAGAUAUAGUUUCGAUUAACCAAAGCGAUAAUUCAAUCCAAAUAAAGUUUGGUAAAAGAUUAUCAGCCGAGAGAGUAUUUAUUGUUGCAAAAACUUAUAAAGAUGGUAAAAACGAAGAAGAAAAUAACCCUAACAACAGUAUCAGCGACGAACUAAUACCUACAGAAACAAUUGAAAAGUCAAAUAAUGACCAUAAUGAUGAAGACGAUGACUACGAAGAGGAGGAUGAAGAUGAUGAAAAUAAGCGUUGGAAGCAUUAA